GAUUCCCCCUCCUUCGUUCACCCUCUAUUUAUAGCGGCCCCCAGCAUUUCCACCCCGCCCCCCUUGCUUGUUGUCCAACUUCUCACAGAGCGGCCAGAGAGCAGGCGACGGACUCGGCUGAGGAGGCCACCAUGGCAGAACUGCAGGAGGUGCAGAUCACUGAGGAGAAGCCACUGUUGCCAGGACAAACGCCUGAAACUGCCAAGGAGGCCGAAUUAGCCGCCCGAAUCCUCCUGGACCAGGGACAGACUCACUCUGUGGAGACGCCUUAUGGCUCCGUCACCUUUACCGUGUAUGGCACCCCAAAACCCAAACGCCCAGCCAUCUUCACCUACCAUGACGUAGGACUCAACUAUAAAUCUUGCUUCCAGCCACUGUUUCAGUUCGGAGAUAUGCAAGAAAUCAUCCAGAACUUCGUGCGGGUUCAUGUGGAUGCCCCUGGAAUGGAAGAAGGGGCUCCUGUGUUCCCUUUGGGGUACCAGUACCCGUCCCUGGACCAGCUUGCAGAUAUGAUUCCUUGCAUCCUGCAGUACUUAAAUUUCUCUACGAUAGUUGGAGUUGGUGUUGGAGCUGGAGCCUACAUCCUCUCACGAUAUGCUUUGACCCACCCGGACACAGUCGAAGGGCUCGUUCUCAUCAACAUUGAUCCCAAUGCCAAGGGCUGGAUGGAUUGGGCAGCCCACAAGCUGACCGGCCUUACCUCUUCCAUUCCGGAGAUGAUCCUUGGGCAUCUGUUCAGCCAGGAAGAGCUUUCUGGAAAUUCUGAAUUGAUACAAAAGUAUAGAAAUAUCAUCACUCAUGCACCUAACCUGGAGAACAUUGAACUGUAUUGGAACAGUUACAACAACCGCCGAGACCUGAACUUUGAGCGAGGUGGCGAGAUGACCCUCAAGUGCCCUGUAAUGCUGGUGGUCGGAGACCAGGCGCCCCACGAAGAUGCUGUGGUGGAAUGUAACUCCAAGCUGGACCCCACACAGACCUCCUUCCUCAAGAUGGCUGACUCUGGAGGCCAGCCACAGCUGACGCAGCCAGGCAAGCUGACUGAGGCUUUCAAGUACUUCCUGCAGGGCAUGGGCUACAUGGCCUCAUCCUGCAUGACUCGCCUGUCUCGGUCUCGUACAGCUUCACUGACCAGUGCGGCCUCCAUUGAUGGCAGCAGGUCCCGUUCCCGCACCCUGUCACAGAGCAGCGAGUCUGGGACUCUGCCAUCUGCACCCCCGGGGCACACCAUGGAGGUCUCCUGUUGAAUGACCCUCGUGGCCCUGGUGUGGAACCCAGCCUCACCUCCCAUAGCGCUAACCCGGGAGGUGUAGUGGGGCGUUGGGCCAGAGUAAGAAGGAAGAUGGGCAGAUCAUGCAGAGAGACGACUUUGAUCUUUAAUUGCUACCCUAACCUUGACCUUUAACCUGUGAUUUCCUCUAGCUCCUAAGAGAGAUGUCCUAAUAUCUCUUAGAGAUCCAGGCCCCUAAAUUAUCCCCUUUCCCAUGUUGGUGUUGAGAAGUCUCGUGUCUUCUCUCCCUGACCCAGGUGUCUGUAGGUGAGGAAUCAGAAGCUGUUACAGCUGCCGUGGGGCCCCCAUCACUCCCUCUCUGUAUCCCGUGUUUGCAAGGGUAGAGAGUUGUGCGUGCGUGUGUGUGUGUGUGUGUGUGUGUGUGUGUGUAAGGGUGGGAGAUGGGUGCUCCAUUCCCCAAAGCUGGCAGUGGCUUUGCCUUGACUCUUCAGGCCUUUGAAGGCAAUGGGCUUAAGUGAUUGUCUUUUGGGGGAGGCUUGCUGGUGUGCCAGUGGUUCUUAAAAUGUGAUGGAAAUAUCCAGCACGUAAAAAGGAAGUAAGAAUGGGAAAUGGUGGGCAUGAAGAAUAGUGGUGGAAGGAUGGGAGGUGGGGCAGCAGAGUGGGCCUGGCAUGUGGCUGCACUAACUUCCGUAGCUAUCAGUGCACACCUAGGGGAGAGAGCUCAGGCCAGACUGCUUGGGGCUUGGCAUCAGGCUGGGAAGGGCUGCCGCGGCUCUGACCGUACUGUUGUGUGUAGAGCGUGACCUCCUGUCUCCCAAAACUUCUGUGGUGACAAUAAACUCUAGAGGAAA